GCCUCGCCAUGGUCGUGGCUAUUCGUUCGGGUUCGUCAAUAUGGGUCAACUUGCAAGUCACGAGUCCUCGGGCCACCACUCCGCGACCGGGUAAUCGCCGGCCACAGCUCUGGCCGGCCGACCAAUCAUAAUCGCGGUAAUUCCCAGUCGCCGGUUACCAACGAGGCGUUCUCCAAUCCUCACCCAAAUCGUCAACUCCAGCUUGUCCAACUUCCCCGUCUUCCCACGACCCUCUCCCCUCUCUCUGCGUCGAGCCCCUCCCGCCCGUCAAUUCGACACCUCGAGAUGCUCCCCGCCUCACGAUCUGCGGCCGCAAUGGCCCUGCGAGUCCGACCCUCGACCGCUAUCCUCCCCUUCCGAACCGUUGCUGCCUUCUCAACUGGCUCUCGACGUGAUGCGAGUGCGCUGACGGCCCACUCGGGCGCCGCUGGUCUGGCCAAGGCUCGCAAGGAGGUGCCUCUUCCCAGUGAGGAGGGCAACAAGGGCGUCAUUCAAUAUGCUCUUACUUCCCUCGACGUGAUAGCCAACUGGGCCCGCCAGUCCUCCCUGUGGCCUAUGACCUUCGGUCUCGCCUGCUGUGCCGUCGAGAUGAUGCACCUCUCCACGCCGCGAUACGAUCAGGAUCGUCUCGGUAUCAUUUUCCGUGCCUCUCCCCGUCAGUCCGACGUCAUGAUUGUCGCCGGCACCCUCACCAACAAGAUGGCCCCCGCCCUGCGCCAGGUCUACGAUCAGAUGCCCGACCCCCGCUGGGUCGUCUCCAUGGGCAGCUGCGCCAACGGUGGCGGCUACUACCACUAUAGUUACAGCGUGGUCCGCGGAUGCGACCGCAUCGUCCCCGUCGACAUCUACGUUCCCGGUUGCCCCCCCACCUCCGAGGCCCUCAUGUACGGCAUCUUCCAGCUCCAGCGCAAGAUGCGCAACACCAAGAUCACCCGCAUGUGGUAUCGACGAUAAAGAGAUAAUGGGGGGACCGAACAUGAAGGAGAGCAAAUGGAUGCCGUGGGAGGCUUGUGGCAAUGGAUGGAUACUCGACAAAUCACUCAGCGAAGGAAUGGAUGGGAUCGGAUGGGAUGGCAAUUGACGUGGCCGCGAGGACGACAAGCAUGAUGAGGAUGUCGCGCCAAACAACGUCUUUCUUUUGUUAUCACAAGGUGUACAUACUGGGGAUCCCACCGGUAGAAGGGUAGAAGGAAUGCAAUUCUGUACAACACCACAACCUCGGUCCUUGAAACUUUUGCCCACAGCUUGUCUUGCCAGGGCCCGUAACUGACAAACCACGGAUUGACAUAAUUCACAAACCUUCACGACCGCAACCUGCCUGGUCGGUCUUGUUUCAACUAGAUUCACAUAUCCACACUACUCGCACGCCCUAACGAGCUCGGCGAUGGCGUAGUUAGAGAUGUUGAGACCGGAGGCAAUCAUAAUCUAUCA